GCGCUAGCCGCCCUUCUCGGGGGGCUCGAGGACGCACCUGGGCCGCCGGAGGCCCUGGCGGCGGAGGCUGCCGCUCCUGGGAAGCUCGAGGAGGCGCCCGGGCCGCUGGAGGCUCUGGCCCCCCGCGCCGCCGACGAGGCCGCGGCCGAGGCCGCCCCUCCCGGGAAGCUCGAGGAGGCGCCCGGGCCGCUGGAGGCUCUGGCCCCCCGCGCCGCCGACGAGGCCGCGGCCGAGGCUGCCUGCCCCCGGGAGGUCGAGGAGGCCCUCUGCGCCGCCGGCAAGGCCGCGGCCGAGUGCGGCCCCGAGCCCGGGCAGGGGGCGGGCAUGCCCGAGCCGGAGAGGGAGCCCGUGUGCUCCGAGCCGGAAACCGAGGCGGAGGAGCCGUGGGCCUUGCAGGGGCCGGGAGGGGCCGAGGCCGGGAGAGGCCGAGGUGGAGAGGCCGAGGCCGAGGCGGAGAAGCCAGCGAGGGAGCCCGCGUGCGCCGGUCCGGACGAGACCGAGGUCGAGAAGCCGCGGGCCUUCCUCGCCUCGGCGCAGGA